GUGCAUUGGGGCAAUUUCGAAAAUGGGUAUAUUCCGAAAAGGCAAAAAAUCUACCAAACGCAGCAAUAUAUUCCAGCCUGCAACAUUAGGCCAAGCGCCAUCUUAGAUUUACUUGUGGCGACAGACGUCGCGAGCCGCUCGCGCUAACGACACGCGAAUAUCGUCAAAUUAUUCAAGAGAAGUGAUUUCGCGCCAAAAUUUAGUGAUUCGUAAUAACCCCAACAUCGUUUUCUCGAAAUUCUGGUAAGUUAUUUCAAUAUUUGUUUGUUUUUAUGAUAGGUUGUUGUUUUUUGCUUAAUAAUAUUCGGAAUAUAAGGUUUCAGCUGUGUUUUUUAUUUUUUUUUCUGAUUUACCCCUCCGGGUUUAUUUCGACGUGCUUGUUUCGCAAUAAUCCCAUUUAUGUUUUCCUACCAUAAUUCUCAGGAGUUCUCAAAGUGUUUCAUACUUUUGACCUCCAACGCAAAAAUAACGGGAUGUUAUAAGUUUUAAGUUUCUGUAUGUGUGUGUAUUUGUGUGUGAGGUGUGUCUGUGGCAUCAUAGCUGCCCAACGGCUGAACCGAUCUUGUUUUUUUCUUUGAAUGGUGAAUUAGUUGGGAGUGCUUUUAUCUAUGUUUGCUGUAACUUCGGUCGGGGAUUAAUAAAAAUUCUUAACUUUGUUUUGUACCAUGAUGGCGGCGAUGCUACUUAUAUUUUUGGAAUGGGUUUUCAAAUCUCUUUCCAUAAAAGGUGGUUGUGAGAAGUGGUGAGGGAGUAGAGUCACGACCACUUCUCCCCCCCACCCCCCAAAAAAUACACCACCACGCCUCUCAGAAUCUCCUAUAAUGGAUACCGAAUUCAAAACCAGAGUUUUUUGCUCAGUUAUUGAAUUUUUUGUGUUGACAAAAGUUAUUUCGUUUUUCAGUGUCAUCAUGCCUCGUACUUAUUUAAAAAAGAAAAAUAAGACAUACACUCCUCAAGAUCUAGCCUCUGCACUACAGCAGGUAAGAAACGGGGAGCUUACCGCAUAUGCUGCUGCACAGAAGUACAAGAUCCCUAUGACCACUCUUCAUGACCAUGUCAAAACUAAAGAUACUAGGCAGAAUGCAGGUAGACCCAUUGUUCUACCUUUAGAAGACGAAAAAAAGUUAGCAAGCACCAUCAUAGUCAUGGAGAAAUGGGGAUUUGGGCUCUCAAGAUCAGAGAUUUUGGAGAUUGUGGCUGAAUAUGUGCGCGUAAAUAAUAUUCAGACACCAUUUAAGAAUAACACACCUGGACCAGAUUGGUUUAUUAACUUCCGAAAACGUCACGGUUUGUCAAUAAAAAAAGCACAAGCUGUAGAAUAUGUGCGACGUAAAAUGACAGACCCAUUCGUGAUUGCUGAAUAUUUUGAUUUGCUGAAGAAGACCUUGCAUGAUUUAAAUCUUUUAGAAAAUCCAGACUCGAUUUGGAACUUGGACGAGACGUCAUUGUGUCUGGAUCCGACCAAAACAAAAGUGGUCGGAUAAAAAAAUAAGCCAUGUGCGAGGACCACCUAUGGAAGUGGAAAAGAAAACAUCACUGUGUUAGCAGGAGCAAGUGCCAGUGGUAAAAAGUUGCCGCCUUUAAUAGUUUUUAAAGGAAAAUUCGUUUGGGACCAAUGGAUGGCUGAUCUUAACGAUAGUGAUUACGAUUUUGAAUUAACAUAUGCUGCAAGUGCUAAAGGGUGGAUGGAAACAGACAUUUUUCAUAAUUAUUUCGAAAAAGUACUCAUCCCAAGUUUCGGCGAAGAGCGACCAGCCCUUAUAAUUUACGACGGGCAUUCAACUCACGUCGAUGCCAGGGUUGUGGAGCUAGCGGUCCGAAAUAAUGUAACUAUCCUCAAAUUACCCCCACAUACAUCACAUUUAUUGCAACCGCUUGAUAUAUCUGUAUUUAAAUCAUUCAAAGCAAUAUGGGAUGCAAAACUGGUAGAGUGGCAGAGAAGAAACGUUGGUACGAAAAUGCCAAAAAACGUUUUCUCACAAACUAUGGCAGAUACUUGGCAACAAACGAACCCCGAAGUUAUAAAGAGUGGAUUUAAAAAGGCUGGAAUAUACCCUUUUAAUGCACAUGUCAUACCUAUUGACAAAUAUGAUCCAGACGCGUACCAAAGAUACAAGAAAACUUUGCUUGCCCGCACACUCAAACAGCCAAAGUCACUCAAAGAAAUAUGCAUUGAAUCAUUCAACAAUCAGUUUGCAGCAGUCAAUGAAACGAUUGAAAUAACAGGCAAUAAUUACGUUGCCUUGCUAUCUGCACAAUCAAGAAAUAAUGCCCAAAUGAUACCUUUUGAAGCCAGACACCCGAGCCAAGUACCAGCAUGUUUGCAGAAUUCGAAGCCAACAAAAUCCAAAAUAAAUAUAAUAUCAAACCACCAGGAGGAGACAAGUUUACAGAAAUCAAGAAAAGAUAGGAAGUGUGUUAUGAAGAUGAAAAACGAUAAAAACAUCACCAGUGAAAAGGCACUCGCUGACAAAAGUACAAAUCCUGUAUGUUCUAAGAAAGGCAAAGGUGUUGGGAAGAAAAGCAAAGGUAAAGAAAAUCAGAUAGACAAAAAUGAAGGAAUCAGUUAUUUUGCAACAGGUGAAGAAGACAAAAAUGAGCAGAUUGCAGAAUAUCCUAAAGAAACCCAAACCUGUAAACUACAGCCACCAGGAACGGAGAAUAAAGAAUUAGUAUGUGGAAUUCCAGAAAAGUGCCCCGUUGUAAGGGAACGUUAUGAUUUAAAUGAUACAGUGCUUGUCAGGUGUUUUAUAAGAAACAAAUGGAAAUAUUAUGUUGGGUUCAUACAAAACAUAAGCAAACAUGAAGAACAAUUACUGUUCUUUAUCGACUUCUUAAAAACGUCCAGAAGACAGCAACGUCUCAGUUUUGUUGAACCUAAAAAGAAAGAUACGGACCAAGUUCCAGAGUCAUUAGUAGUAAAGAAAAUAGAAUUACAGAAAAAACGAGAACGAGACAAAGAAUAUUACUUGACCCACGAUGAAGACACUAUUUAUUUCGACUGACUUUAUACCAAAAACCUUCUAGAUUAGUUGCAUACCUACUUAUUGAUUUCUGACACACGAAUAUUAGACAUUUAAAUAAAACUACUUAAAUUAAGGACUUUAUCGCGGUAAUAUUACUUAAUCCCGGCUUUUCGGACCCUUUACAGCAUCCAUGGUCACGGGCAGACUUAGAUGUCGGUCGUCUUGAUAUUUUAUUUGCAAACAUCAAAUAUCAACAAAAUUUAGGGUAGCUGUUUGCAACUAAAAUACCAAGACAACCAACACCUAAGUCUGCCCGUGACCGUGGAUGCUGUAACGGAUCCGAAACGUCAGGAUUAAAUAACAUAACCGCGAUAAAAUCGGUAAAAAUAGUUUUAUUUAAAUGCAUUCCUACUUCUUUUUAUUGAUAUUAUGUGUAUUUGUUGCGAUGGCUAACUGUAGUUGGCUUCAAAGAACAUUUGUGUUUUAAUUUUUUUAUUUUUUAUUUUACUACCGGAAGAUUCUAAAGAGUAGCCAAAAAUUAUCAAAAAGUCUUUGAUUUUUAUGAGAUUGAAUAAUUAUGUUUAAGGAUUGUUACUAUAAUUUUUUUUUUUUUUUUAAUAAUUCUAAUUGUUACCCACAUUACUCAAUGUGAAGUUACGUACUUAUUAAAAUAAAAGUUGAUCUCACUGA